UCCAAAUAGUUAGAAGACCAACGUGUAUGAAUCCAAGUCGCCGUUAAUUACAGGGAAUAUAUGAUCAUCCAUUUAUAUUGUUACCCAUAAACGAAGUCGAAUCUUCCAAUUCGUACGAUGGACUCGCGCUUCUUCUGCCUAUGCUUUCUGCUUCUAGUGCUCAAUUUCGAUCACACGGUGGUGUUGGCUAAUGGCGGCGGAGCGGGAGUAAUCAAAGUUAGUUACAAAUUUGCCGGUUCCGAGAGGACUCUUAGUGCCCUUAGAGCUCAUGAUGAUGUCCGUCAUCUCAACAUCCUCGCUGGCGUUGACCUCCCUCUCGGAGGUACCGGCCGUCCCGACGCCGUUGGGCUCUACUACGCUAAAAUAGGGAUUGGAACCCCCUCCAAGGAUUACUAUGUGCAAGUUGAUACAGGAAGUGACAUAACAUGGGUUAAUUGCAUCCAAUGCCAUGAAUGCCCCAAAAGGGGCUACCAUGGUAUAGAACUCACCCUUUAUGAUCCAAAAGACUCCCUCACUGGGAAACUGAUAACAUGUGAUCAAGAAUUCUGCAAGGAGAUAAUCAGAACCUCUUUGUCAGGUUGCACUGGAAAUUCAUCUUGUUUGUAUUUAGAGGUUUAUGGAGAUGGGAGCUAUAGCAUGGGCUAUUUUGUAGAGGACAUUGUCCAAUAUGAUCAAGUCUCUGGUGAUCUUCAGACCAAAUCUGCAAAUGGAAGUGUUAUUUUUGGAUGUGGUGCCGGACAAUCUGAGGAUCUAGGGUCAUCAGAUGAUGCGCUUGAUGGGGUACUUGGUUUUGGAAAAACUAAUUCCUCCAUGCUUUCACAGCUAGCGUCUUCUGGAAGAGUAAGAAAGAUGUUUGCGCAUUGUUUAGAUGGCGUGAAUGGUGGAGGGAUCUUUGCCAUUGGGCAUGUUGUUCAACCACAAGUGAACACAACACCACUGGUACCAAAUCAGCCCCAUUACAAUGUCAAUAUGACUGCAGUUCAAGUCGGUCUGGAUGUUCGGAAUCUUACAACAUAUAUAUAUACAGUUGGGGACAAUAAAGGAGCAAUAAUUGAUAGUGGUACUACCUUGGCAUAUCUACCAGAGGUGAUUUAUUUACCAUUAGUGAAAAAGAUACUCUCGUGGCAGUCAGAUUUGGAGCUGCGAACUCUUCAUGACAUAUACACUUGCUUUGAUUAUUCAGGAAGCGUUGAUGAUGCGUUUCCCCCUGUCACUUUUCAUUUUGAAAAUUCGCUUCAUCUGAAGGUUUAUCCUAGCGAAUAUUUGUUCCCUUUUGAAGACUUGAUGUGUCUUGGUUUUCAAAAUAGUGGACUGCAAUCCCAAGAUAAACAGAACAUUACUCUUUUAGGAGAUUUGGUUCUUUCAAAUAAGCUGGUGCUUUAUGAUCUUGAAAACCAAACAAUUGGAUGGACUGAAUAUAACUGCUCAUCAAGCAUUAAAUUGAAGGAUGAACUUACUGGGUCAGUACAUCUAGUCGGUGCUCACUCUCUAUCCCGAGGUUGCAGUCUCCAUGCCCCAAUGGUUCUGUUCUCUCUGCUGCUAAUGGCUUUACUGCACGGUUUUUCAACCGAACUGCUAUAGCUACUGUGAAUAUCAUCAAACAGAAUAGUCGAAAAUAAAUAGAAAAUGUUGGAGUUGAAGAAAACUCAUAAUUGAAGUAAAUGGCUGGAUCGUAAAUGUGUGCAUCAUUUAACAAAAGGAAGACAAAAAUAGGAUAAGUUGAUAGCAUAAAAAACUCAUUCAGCUGUGCAAUCUUCCAUUUUUGUAACCAUAGGAGUGUAUGAUGUAAAUAGUCCCGUAUAUAUACAUAUUUGGUACGUAAUAUUUGACUAUGCUGAAUGGAUAAUCAAAGUUUAGUUUUUUUCUCUUUG